AAAUAUCGCUAGUGUCGCACACUAAACUGUCAUGGCGGACAACUAAGAACAAAAACAGCAUAAAGUUAUUUUCCCAUAAAUGUUGUUGUCCCCGAGUGAAUAUUUACAAAUAAAUCAGUUAUUAAGUUAAACAAAACUAUUAUAAAAAAUUGUCUGAACGUUCAUCCCUUCAGAUUGUGAAUGUACGACAAGUUAUUAAACAUGUGAAAAACCAAUUUGAAGAUUGCAAAGGCACCGGCGCGAGGUAUAAUGUGAUAAAAUUCCUCAAAUAAACAUAUUCUCUCCCUAGCUUGGAUGGAGUAAUUAUGAAUCUAGGGUUUGGCGAUGGCGGUUUCUGGCGGGAGGGAUCAGGAUAAAAUAAACCAGAAGCUGAAACGAAGAAAAGAUAUCGAGGCAAAGAUGGAGGUUGAACGAGCCUCCUCACCUGAACCGGAACUAGACAAAACAGAAAUUAAAAUUAAGGAUGAGGAUGGAAAAGGGGAAGUAAAGAUGGAGAUAAAGGAGAGUAAAGAAGAGGAGGAGGAAGAAGAAGAGGGAAGAAACAGGAUAAAAGGGGAAAUUAACGGAAAGGGGGAAGAGGAGGAGGUUAAGAUGGAAAUUGGAGAGGAAAAUGUGGAAAAUGGAGAUAAGGAAGAUGAUAAACAAGGAUUACUAAUUAAGGACGAGACAAACAUGGUAGUAAAGGACGAAAAGAAAACGGAAGAGGACAAGAAGAACGAGGCUAUUAAGGACGAGGAGAUGAAGGUCGACGAUAUUAAGGAAGGGGAGAAGAACAGUGUGAUGAAGGAGGAGGUGAAUGAUAAGCUGGAAGAAGCCCUCUACGAGGAGGAAAUUAUUGAAGGAUUUUCAUUCUGUGCAAACCCCUGA